AUGUUUAGGAGAUUGACUUUUCCACAACUACUUUUUGCUAGUAUCCUUGGAAUUGCUGGAGGAAUAUAUAUUUUUCAACCGAUAUUUCAACAAAAUUCCAGAGAUCAGAAGGAAUUAAAAGAGAAAUUGAAAUUGGCAGAGGAAUCAGAAGAGAAGAAAAGUUAAUACUACGUGCAGUUAAACUGUAAUUGCUUAAAUUUUCUUUGAAAUUAUACAUUGAUUAUAAGUAGUCUUGUAAAAACUUCUCAAAAUAUAUUUUAAACAUAAAUAAAUCAUAGAUGAUGAUUUUUAAAACUA